GGUUUUGUUUUCUUAUCUUCUUCACUUUCGUUUUCUCCGCCACACUCUCUCUGUAAAAACUGUCUCUGGAGAACUUAUGAUUCAGAAAAGAAACUUGUUUGAUAGUUAGGGUUCUUUUUAUAAACAUCUCGUUCCCUCUCUUACGGUGAAGAUGAAGAAGAAAAAAAAGAAGUCAGCAGUUUCAAAAAGUGGACAUGUCCAUUAUCCAUAUAGAAACAUUAGUGUGUAUGUUUCUAUGAGUAAACUGACACUGGAAUUCCCUCACAUGGACAUUGAUAAAUAUGAUUUGAAGAUGUUUGAGCAGAUGUUGCGUGUAAGGUUAGGUCUGGCUGACAAUGAAAUUGUUAACUUAGUUUGGAUGGUUAAGCCAAGUUUUCCUCAAAGUUUGAUGAUAGAUGAUGACUUUAACAAAUUUUGGGAAUUAGCUAUGACUGAUGAUAAAGAUUGUAUAUGUCUUACUCUUUGUAUACAGAAUUCUGAUUUUGGAGAUGAUGAGUUUUUAAAUGUGGAACCACCACCAGUGACAACCAUUCAUGAGACUCCUAAGAAGAUUUGUAAGACAAAUAAGAAGCUAGUGUCUAAGGAAAAGCCAAAGCCACCUUGGAGGUCACCAAGGUUUCAAGACUCUUCUGAAGUGAAAAAAUCACAUCAACAAGGAGGUCCAUCAAGGAAAUUAUGUUUUGUGGAUUUGUUGAAUGAAGUGGAGAGUCAAGGUGGUGGAAAUGGUACCAUUACAGUACAAAGUAGCAGUCAACCAAGUCAAGAGACUUUUAAUCAUGAUUACUGGUUUAAUAGAAUAGGAAACACUUCUCAUAAUGCAACACAAGGUAGCACUGUGGACAAUGAUGGGAAUGAGUCUGAAGAUGACGACAUUGUGCAUCUGGAGAAUGAGUCUGAAGAUGAGUGUAACCCAGUUGAAGAUCCAGAUGCCUCUGCAAUAUUAUAUAGUGAUUCUAAGAAUGAAAUAGGUUAUGCUGAAUAUGUAGACACAUAUAAAGUUCCAGUUCACAAUGAAGAAUCAAGUAGCAGUGAAGAUGAAAAUGGUAGUGGUGCUGAAGUUGAAGAUAAAAAUGAUGGUGGUCCUAAAGUAGUGAUUGAUAAGGCUGGUGGCAAACCUGUUUGGCAAAAGAGAUACCUACCAGAUAUGAACAACAUUGGAGAGGAAGAUGAUCCAAAUAUAUUCCCCGAAGAAGAUGAAAUACCAGUAGUGGACCCUGAUAAGAUGCUGGUAAAGUAUGCCUUUCAAAACAAGCAACUUUUUAAAAAGCAUCUAAAAAGAUAUCGUGUCAAAGAAAAUAAACAGUUCAAAUGUAAAAAGAGUUGUUCGCAGCAAGUUAGGGCCCACUGUAGGUUCAAAUAUAUAAAUGAUUGUAAAUGGUUUUUUUAUGCUAGUAGAGUUGAGGGUGAGUCAACUUUUGUUAUUAGAAGUGUAAAUUUGGAACAUACAUGUGUUGGUGAUCCAAAAAGUCUUAAUAGGUCUGCUGAUCCUGAUCUUGUAAAAGAUGUUGUGCUUGAAAAGUUGAAGCAUAGACCUGGGUCUUUCAUAUAUACCAAAGCCCGGGAAUAUUGCAGAAGACUUUUCAAUGACUAACAACAUCAAUAUACCCUAUAUUUGUGCAUGGAAAGCUAGGAAUCUGGUUCUAGAAGAAUUAUUUGGUGAUUAUGAAGAAAGUUAUACUGAAGUACCUAAGUUUUGUUCAAUGGUGGCUGACACUAACCCAGGAUCUGUUGCCAAGUUUACAUAUGGAAGAAAAGACUUCAAAUUUGAGAGUAUGACAAUUUCCUUUCCUGGACCAAUGAAAGGAUUUCAGGAUGCUUGCAGAGGUGUUAUGGGGUUUGAUGCAUGCCAUCUAACUGGCAAGUGGGGUGGUGUCCUAAUGGCUGCAACAACACUUGAUGGUGAGAAUAGAUUGGUUUCUUUAGGUAUUUGGGUAGCAAAAACUGAAACCAAAGAAAACUGGUUACUAUUCUUGAAAGUUAUAACACCAGGGAUCUUAGGACAUCACAGUGGCAGAGUCACUUUUAUAUCAGAUCAGCAGAAAGGUUUGAUGGAAGUUGUUGCAGAGGUGUUUCCUGGUUUUCCCCAUAGAUACUGUUGGAGGUAAUUAGCCACUAACGGAUAACAAGAUUUUACACCCUACCAACCAAAGAAAGCCUGACAGACCUCCAACAAAGAGAAGGAGAAUUUAUGAUGAACCUCAAGGUGAGGUGAAGAAAAGGAGGUGUACUAAGUGUGGAUCCACAGAUGGUCACAACAAGAGAACUUGUAAAGGUGGUGAUGUUGGUAAGAACUCAACUGCAUAUAGGACAAGAACUGAGUGUGAUGCUUCAAAUUUCUUCUUCACAAACACAGAUAGACCUGAAACCAACAUUGCAAGGGGCAGAGCAAAGAAGCAAGGUAAAACAUCAUAUGUUGGUGAGUCUUCUGCACAUGGAAAGCCACCUCCAGUACCAAACACUCAAAGUAAUGCAUCUGCAGGACCUAGCAACACACAAAAUUUCAGUCAAGCUUUUGCUGGUAUUGGCCAUAUGUCUCAAAACAUUGCUAUUGUUUCAAAUGAAAAGGGAAAGAAGAAGAAGUAAUGGUUGUAUGUGUAUGUGUUUUUAGUGUUGGAUUUGUUGGAUCUGUCAUCCUUUCUCUUUUUUUUUAUCUUUUCCAAAUGAUUUUUGGUCUGAACUGGUUUAGUGGUGACAAAACAAUGUUAUCAUGUUUAGUUUGAAGUACCUUUUAAUAUUAAUGAAGUUUAUUAGUUCAAAGAAA